AUGCCACGCUCUUUCGCUUGCUGUGCGUGCAGCAGACUACCCGCUGCGUCGCUACACCCACCGCUGCGGCCUUCCAACGCUGUCCCGUCCCUUGACGCCGCCUCAUCGCCUCGCCCUCGUCCCCGGACCAUCGGUACUCCCUCACAGCAUCCGGCGUCCUUUCGACCAUCCGCAUGUCCAUCCCGCUCGUUCGCGUCGACUAGCGCGGCUCGUGCGACCGUCGCGGAGGAUCCGCCGAACCCUUUACCCUUCCCCACCAAGUCGAAUCCCUCGCCGUUCGAGAUCUUCCACUUCGCGCCCAACAAGGCUUUGACGGCGAAGGAGAUCAAGGGAAGGUACCUCGAACUCGUCAAACUCUACCACCCCGACCGCCGCGCCGCUGCUGCCGUUGCCUCGUCUUCGUCUUCGUCGAGAAAGGGGAAAGGGCGAGCGAAGGACGACGAUCACGAGUUCAAGCAGAUUGUUGCGGCAUACGAGCUGCUCUCGGAUCCGAAUCGACGGGCAGCUUACCUUCGGUCAGGGUUCGGCUGGGGCGCGACGGCCGGCGCAAAGACGAGUGCAUCUCCCUGGUCAUCGUCGUCUCCGGAGUACAGCUUCCGUCGAGGUCGGCCAAUGAGCAGUAGCGCUCGCUACGCCGGAACGUACGAUCACUGGACCUGGACCGACCCGUACAACCCGCACUUCCGACCCGAGGACAACCCGUUCUACACCAGCUAUCGAGACGGGAUGGCGGCGAACGGCCGGGCAGCAGGAUGGGAAGGUCAAGGCGUGUUCGGCAAGAACGGAUUCGUUUUUCUCGCCCUCGCCAGCUUCACACUCUUCAUGACGCCCCUCUCGGCGUGGUACGCCGUGCCGUCUGUACCCGACGGCGUUGAUGCGUUUGCGCCGGGCGACGAUGGGAAGCGGCUGAGCGAGACGGGCAAGUCGUCGAAUGGGUGGAUGCCAAUGGUCUACGACAAGAAACAUCAGGACGCCGCGGCGAACCUGCAGCGGGCGCGGCUGGAGGCGCAGACGAGGGGGCACGAGAAUCGAGAGGCGAUCAGGAAGCGCGUGCAGCAGAUGAAGCGGGAGGAGGCAUUCGACCGGGCGCAAGAACUGCAGGCUAUCGAGCGCGGUCAGUCAGGGACAGGGCAUCUCGCGUUACCGGCACCGCCGGGGAUGUAG